AUGGCAAGAUCAGGUCAUUCCACUCAGUUGACUUCUAGAAGACACAGAACGCAUCAACCACAGUCACAGAAGCUCAUGGAAAACGAAAUUUCAGAGCUGAAGAACUACCUUCCUGAGUGGACUUCUGCAAAAAGGAGUGAGAAAUGGGGAGUUUUCAAUGCCAUAGCUCAAGCGGCCAGGUUAUUUGCUCCUAAGGUCGACCAAGGACAAUGGAAAAAGAGGAAGCAGGUGAUCUAUCAGCAGAACAGAGAGGAAGUGCUAAAGAGGAUCAAGGACAAGUUCGGGGCAAAGCCAGGAGGUCAAGACAUGUUCAAGCAUUAUCAAGCUGCAGUGAAGAAGGUCAUGGCCGAAUUGUCCGAGGAUGAGUUGGAGAAGGCGAAAGAAACUGCCAAAGAAUGGUCCAACAACUUUCCUCCUCCUGAGACACAGGCGCAAGUCGCCCGUGAGAAGGGACCUGUAUAUAUGGAGCACUUUUCAAACGAGAUGUGGAGACAAUGCGGGAUGAGAGUGUUUGUGUUGUUGGCUUGGAAGAAUGAACGCAGAGAGGUGCUGUUCGGGAUGCAUGAUGACAACGAGGCAUUAGGGGAUGGGGACAGCUUCAGGAAGACAAAGGACUGGGAGGACAUAGAGCCAGUUUGGCAGGAGUACAUGCAGGAACAGUUCGGUGGUGAGGCAUGGGAUGGAGGGCGACAGAAACCGGUGUUUGAUCUGGAAAUGGACGGGAAUGGGAUGCCGUUGCUUCUGGACAUCACGGAAACAAAACUGAAGGAGAAGAAGGCCAUAUAUCUUCCAGAGGAUGUAAACUUGAAGGAGCCUUCCAAGUUGCAAAAUUGGGAUACCACCGCCUUGCUCAAUUUCUGGUAUGCUCGUCAGAAGAUGGGUGAAGGUCCAAUGUUCCUGUUCAAGGCAUGA